CCUGCUGUCCCCGUCACCAUUUUUCCUUUGCUUAUUUUUUUGUCUUUGUUUUCUUCAACGGGAGUGGGUGUGUGGUCUCGGAUUUUGGUGGGUGCAGCAGACCUAGGUCAGAAGCCACGGGAGCCAAUUGAUGGCGCCAAAGGCGACAAGGAGGAACACCAGCGGGUGUGGGCACGGUUGUUUGCGGGUGCUAUUGUGGAUGGCUGGGGGUCCCGUCGAGACGCAGCAGCGAAGGAGACAGGGAGACAGGCACGCACGCUGCCUGCAGCAGCAGCUCCCCCAACCAAGGAAUCUACCUGCAAGCGGAUGCAGCAGGUUUUUCCUGUCGACCUUUUGGGUUGUUUUCCCUUUGUUCUUCUGACGUUGCUCGACUCGGCGCGGCAGGGAAGGCAAAGAGAGAAAGAGGGCUCUUUUUCUAUUUUAUUGUUCCUCUUGCUAUCUACAACACUCUUGUCUGUUUCCCACUUGAGAACCUGCACUCAGGUGGUGAUGUUUCGGAACAAUACAAUCGGCAUUUGCAUCAACUGCCAACGAUUUUCGGCGGCUUACACGCGUUGCCUCGAAUCGGCCCCUCCACCUCCACGUUCGACUCAUCCAGGUCCGACCAGACGGGUCCUCGGUUGUCCAGCGACCGCCAAUCAGGAAGCCAAGACGGCCGGCCCCUCGUUCUCCUCGUGAGCUGCAGUGGCAAAAAACCCGGCCGCCUGUCGCCCACGCCCCCUUGACCUGUGGGUUCCAGCUCUGGCUGCCGAGCGGCUCGCAGGUUGGCCUGCUUAGCACCAGUCGCCUCUCCGGAGCCAGAGAAAGGAGCGACUGAGAAUCCAUUUUCCCGCGUCGCCCUGGACGAAACAAGAGGCAGAGAGAAGAAGGGGGCAAAGUCGGGAGGCGUAAAGGCUCGUAGGACGGGGCAGGCGAACAGACGCCCGGCGCCAUCCGUUUUCACGUCCAUCCAGUCUCGAUUGCAGGGCAAUCCGUUCAGUUGUCAGUCAAGUAGGCAGUCCUGGUCGUCUCUCCAGCCACGCUAGUUGUCAAUGUCGCGUGCAGGUAAUCAAUUGCCCUCUCGCUCUCUCUUAUUCCUCUCCCACUCUGCCUAAUUUCACCCUCACCCUCACCCUCUCGCAUUUUUUGAAUUCUUUUCCUAACAAUAACAAAAAAAACAAAAGAUAACGACAGGCGCUAGCUCUCCCACAGCUCCCGUGCAUGACCCUGUUUUCCCCUCGCAUCGCAUCGCACGAACAACCUUGCGCACAGUCCUCGCCCCACUUUCUUCAACGCAUUUGGAGCUUCCUUGUGUUCCUGAGGCUGGCCGGGUGCGUGCCAGAGGGGGCUAGCUGGCGGGGACGCGACCAACUCAAUCCCCCAGCAGAGCCGAGCUGGGCGCCUGUGCUCUGCAUUGCCACUCUCCAGAAGCUGGCGGGCCUGGCUGUUGAAAACACUUUGACGACGACGACGACGACGACGAAGAAGACACGAGCUAUUUUAUAUCCACGAGCAACGACACGACGGGAAGGUCGGUGAAAGACGACCUCCACCUCCACCGACCAACCUGAGCGCUACACACCCACCGCCCGUGGCCAUCACUGGGCGGGGCCGCAUUCAUGGUCUCACAACCAGACCAUCACAUCUCCAGCUCGUUGGCGCUGAGGGGUGCGUCGUCGCUGGUGCCGACAACGUCGGGAGGAGGAGGCGGGGGCAGCACGUCGGGAAGCGACAGGCACCACCACCACUACCCGCAAACCAACGAAAGACAUGCCGCCUCAGUCGUCGGCGCGGGCAGCGGUCGUGAGGGCGGAGGAGGAGGCGGCGGCGGGAGCAGCGCUAGGUCGUCCACAUCGCGUGCGCGGAGAUACAACCGGUCACAUGCAGGCGGCACCAGUAGCAGUAGCAGCGCCUACAUGCCGCAGAACGAGUUCCCUGUCUUCAGCCACUCGGGCGACGUCGAGAUCGUCGUGCGCGUUCAGUCGGGCCACGAGAACAAGUACCUGCUCCACCGGCACACCCUCACGCGGUUCUCGGGCUUCUUCGAGGCCAGCAUGAGCAGCGAGUGGUCCCGCGCACGCGCCGUCCCGGCUCUCCCGUCACCGUCCUCUCCCGAGGGCGGCGCCCCGCUGGCACUGACACAAGGCACCGAGCUUGCGCGGGUUGCCGGCUCUGGCGGUGUUGACGGCUUGGGCAUUAAUCCCACGGCCUCGGAAGUAGGCACGACGCCUACAGCGACCCCGUCACAACAGCAGCUGGGUCCCACGAAGAAGAGGUGGCGCUACGAACUCGACCUGGGAGCAGGUGGCAACGAUAUACCAAUGCUGGUGCAGAAGGAGGAGGAGAGCAGCCCGAUACCGACAGAGCGAGACCGCUUGAGGCCGCCGACAAAUUCUCUGUUUGGAGGCGGCGGCGCGCAGUCGUCUUCGUCACGGAAACAUCAAUCUUCGACUUCGUCGGCCCACAACACGCCAUCGAUUGGUAGCCAUGGCUUCUUUAGAUCCGUCGCCAAUCUCGGUCUCACACAUCACCGUUCGUCAUCGUCCAGGGAACCUAGCCUACCGCCACCGACACAGGCCGAGCAGGAUCUCCUGCGCGACUAUGACAACCUCUUCCGCAUCAUGUACAACUAUCCGCCACUGCUCGACAGCAUCAACAUUGCCGAUGCCUACGUACAAUGCAAGUCUUUGCUUGGGCUGGCGGACCAGUACGAUGCCUUGGCGGUUGUCGGCCCCCGCGUGGAUCACCACCUACUACAGUUCCAGUCGCGGCUCUGGCGCCAGAUCGCAAAGUAUCCAAUUAGUUAUCUGCGCCUGGCCUACCUGGCCCGAUCGCGCGUCAUAUUUCAGGAGGCCCUCAUCCAUGUCGUGGGCCAGUGGCCAGCUGGUGAGCGCAGUCUACGCGCCGCCCUUCCGCCCCAGGUCCUGGACUUGAUCGAGGACAAAGUAGACGAGCUCGAGGAGUCAGUCACGCGCGUCGAGAGCCGCCUGUUCCGACUGGGGCUCACCACCCGUGCCGGCGAGCGCGUUUCACCCUCGACCGCCUACCUGGACUGGCUCGCCGUCAGCCUGUUUCGCCAGUGGUUGGCCGAUAAUACCAGCCCGCCACCCACUCAAUCACCACCGGCCCUGAUGUCGGACCGAAGAGGAGGUGGGGAUUCGUCCUCCUCUUCCCGUGACGGCCCUAUCCGGUCGUCGAGGGAUCAUCGCCACGGCCACCAUCACAGCCACCACCGCCGCGGCUCGUAUGACGAUGGGCCCAGCAACCAUGUGACAACGGUAGCGCUCCCUCCGCUGACGCCUCCCCCAUUGGCGUCGCUUGGCAGGACUUACCGCACGUUGGGCUCCGCGACCAGUGUGGCAUAUCUAGGCCACGACGAGUGCAAGCGUUUCCUGAAGCUCAGCGGCGAGCUGUAUAGCCGCGACAAUCUACGACGGUUCGAAAAGCGCCUCGACGAGCUCAAGGCCAUGGCGCGCGAGGUCGUUCGUCCGCUCAUGGGCAGCGAGUUAGAGCUCGACGUCGCGGCCGCUUCGGGGGGUGGCGGCAAGGACUCGUCCUCUGUCGGCUACCUGACCUGUACCCGCGUCGACGACAGGGACCUGCCGUGGGCUCAUGGACGUUGAAAACGAAAGCCCGGUUAUUUUGUUCCUCGUGGGCCGGAUACUCAAGCAUCGGUGCACGACUCAUGCUAUUGCUUCAACUUAACCGAGCCUCUUGGGUCGGAUUGUACGAGACUAUGACGACAAGCUACUUUUUUUUUCCAUUUUUUUUUUCAGUCUCAACACCCUCACUGACUGGCAUUGGGGUGUUUUCUCAGGAUCUGGAAUCUUGGGUGGAGUUUUUCUUCUCAUGGUUACGAAGCCUCUCUUUGCGUCAAUUUCAUCCAUUUAUGGGACCGAUAUAUCGACACUCCUUCGACAUACAACGAGCAUACAUACUUAACGGUCAUCUCACUUGAAGGCCGUCCAUCAUUUCUCUCCAUCUCUCACUCUCUGACUUGGACUGGAGUUUUCACAUUGCCCGGGUCUCCUCUUUCUCGUCAUCAUAUAGUCAAAGGAACUUGGGGCCGGCUUGGAUAAUGUUUGCUCUCACCUGCUUUCUUGGAUAUGGGCUUUCUUCACCUAUUUCUUUUCCUUAGGAUAUACGACACACGUUCACGCCACUGACCAUGGGGCCAUGUUGCCUCUGCCUUGUUUUCGAGUUUUUUUGUUUCGAAGGAUACCCGUCAAUUGAAUAAAACAGAGUUCACCACUUCA